UUAUGCUAAGCUCAUUCGACCUCUCAACUCUCUCUCUGUCUCUGGAGAGCUAAAGAGAUUCUCCUUGUAUAUGCAAUGGCCGCCACCGCAGUGUUGAGGCUGGUUCCCAACGCAACCGUCGUCGUUAAUCAUAGAGGUGUGGAGGAUGUCAAUUCGGCGUCGUUUACGCGAUUGUCUUUUGCGGCGUCUAAUGUGGCCGGUGAGAGCCUUAAGUCGUCGCGGCAAGUGCGAGUGCGAAGGCAACGUUCUGGAGGGGAUUUGGAGAGUCGCGGUCCGAUGAUCGUAUCUCCGAAGGCGGUGUCCGACUCGCAAAAUUCGCAGACUUGCCUUGAUCCUGACGCCAGCAGAAGUGUCUUGGGAAUUAUUCUGGGGGGUGGAGCUGGUACUCGACUUUAUCCUCUCACGAAGAAGAGGGCAAAGCCAGCUGUUCCUCUUGGAGCAAAUUAUCGGCUAAUUGAUAUUCCUGUGAGCAAUUGCUUGAAUAGUAACAUAUCUAAGAUCUAUGUUCUCACGCAAUUCAAUUCUGCAUCCCUUAACCGUCACCUUUCAAGGGCAUAUGCGAGCAACAUGGCCGGUUACAAGAAUGAAGGUUUUGUUGAGGUACUUGCAGCUCAGCAAAGUCCAGAAAAUCCCAAUUGGUUUCAGGGUACCGCAGAUGCUGUGAGGCAAUAUUUGUGGCUGUUUGAAGAGCAUAACAUUCUCGAGUUCCUGGUUCUUGCUGGUGACCAUUUGUAUAGAAUGGAUUAUGAGAGAUUUAUCCAGGCCCAUAGAGAAACAGAUGCCGAUAUUAGUGUUGCUGCACUGCCAAUGGAUGAAAAGCGUGCCACGGCAUUUGGUCUGAUGAAGAUUGAUGAAGAAGGACGCAUCAUUGAAUUUGCAGAGAAACCAAAGGGAGAACAAUUAAAAGCUAUGAAGGUUGAUACUACCAUAUUGGGUCUUGAUGAUAAGAGAGCGAAGGAGAUGCCUUACAUUGCAAGUAUGGGGAUAUAUGUUGUUAGCAAGGAUGUGAUGAUAAGUCUUCUCAGGGACAAGUUUCCUGCAGCCAAUGAUUUUGGAAGUGAAGUUAUUCCUGGAGCUACUUCCAUGGGAUUAAGAGUGCAAGCCUACUUGUUUGAUGGCUACUGGGAAGAUAUUGGUACAAUUGAAGCUUUCUACAAUGCCAAUCUUGGGAUCACAAAAAAGCCAGUCCCAGAUUUUAGCUUCUAUGAUCGAUCAGCUCCAAUCUAUACCCAGCCCCGCUACCUGCCUCCUUCGAAGAUGCUCGAUGCUGAUGUCACAGAUAGUGUCAUUGGUGAGGGCUGUGUGAUCAAGAACUGCAAGAUCCACCACUCCGUCGUCGGACUUAGAUCAUGUAUAUCCGAGGGUGCAGUGAUAGAAGACUCCUUGUUGAUGGGUGCAGAUUAUUACGAGACGGAUGCGGAUAGGAGGUUUCUAGCUGCUAAGGGUGGCGUGCCCAUUGGCAUAGGUAAAAACACCCACAUCAAGAGAGCCAUCAUCGACAAAAAUGCUCGAAUUGGAGAAGAUGUGAAGAUCAUAAACACUGACAAUGUUCAAGAAGCAGCAAGAGAGACCGAUGGAUACUUCAUCAAGAGUGGCAUUGUCACCGUAGUAAAGGAUGCUCUAAUUCCCAGUGGCACCGUGAUCUAGACACCGCAGUGCUGGAAUUGGACGUCACCUCUCCCUUGAAGGAUCGAUAAUUUUGAUGUACAUCUUCUGAUAGCCAAACAUAAGUAAUAGCCGAGAAAGAACACUUGAUGAGUUGCGUUAAGGACCUUUCAUGUAUAAUAAAAACACUUGAUGAGUUGGCGUUAAGGACCUUUCAUGUAUAAUAAACAUUCAUUCUGUUGAUGUUUUCAUAGUGAAGUUAACUUAAAAUGCCAGA